CGAUUGUUUUUAUUUCUACUUUUAUGCUCAACCAAAAUGGACUUUAGGUGCUUUAAUUUUUCAAUUUAAAUUGUUACAGCCAUUUCUAUUUGUUCUAAUUGCAAGUCCUAUUUGCAAGUGUUUCAUUGUUAUUAAUUAAUAAACACGCUUCAGAUGUUAGCCGCAUAUUGGCUAGCCUUGCUUAGUGUCCCUUGUUUUAAAUGAUAUCAUCAUUGCUCGCGAAAACAUUAUUAACUCUUUUCUAUUUCCAAUGUACCAUUGGUAUCAGUCCAUCAGAUGAUCAAAGUGAAUUAUCAAUCAAAGAUCGACUGACUGCUUCUGCUAGUGAAAAUGUAAUCGAUGAAUAUGUACAAUAUAAAACACCGCAGCUUCAUCAAGAAAAUGUGUAUCUAUACGAAUCCUUCGAUGAUGUUCAUCGGUUCAAAAAGAUUUGGCAUAAAUCGCAAUCCAACAAAGGACCAAAUGGAGAGUUUAAUUAUGAUGGUACUUGGGAUAUCGUGGUUACACACAAAAAAAUCAGAGGUGAUUAUGGAUUGAGAAUGAGAAGUAAAUCAAAACAUCAUGCAAUAUCGCGUAAACUGGAUCAAGAGUUUAAUUUUACCGGCUCUCCUUUAAUCAUUCAAUACGAUGUACAAUUUCGAAAUGGUCAAGAAUGUGGCGGAGCUUACAUUAAACUAUUAUCUGCUCCAUCUGGUAAUUUGAGUCGCAUAAAUGACCAAUCCAGAUAUUCAAUCAUGUUCGGACCAGAUAAGUGUGGCUCUGAUCAUCGGUUACAUUUUAUAUUCAGUCAUAUCAACAGUAAAACGGGUGAAAUCCGUGAAAUUCACUGGAAAGAUGCUCAUACUUUAACCAACUUAGCUGAUGUUUUCAUUGAUGGCAAAUGGCACCUUUUUCGACUUUCCAUCAAUCCAUCUAAUCGAUUUGAAAUAUCAAUGGAUAAACGAAUUGUUGCCAUCGGCUCCUUAUUGACUGACUUCUCACCCUCUGUAAAUCCAGACUUGGAAAUAGAUGAUCCAAAUGAUGCUAAACCAGAAGAUUGGGAUGAAAGGGAGAAAAUCCCAGAUCCUGAUGCCGUUAAACCUGAUGACUGGGAUAAUGGGGAACCUAAACUAAUACCAGAUACAAAAGCACGAAAACCAAAAGGCUGGUUAGAAAACGAAGCUUUAAUGAUUCCAGACCCUAAUGCAGUUAAACCCGAAGAUUUGUCGGAUGAUGAAAAAGGCUCUUGGAGUCCACCAAUGAUUAAAAACCCUCGCUGUGCAUCAGCUCCAGGCUGUGGUCCAUGGAAUCCGCCUAUGAUUGAUAACCCAAAAUAUAAAGGUGAAUGGAUGCCACCUUUAAUUCCUAAUCUGGCCUACCAAGGUAAAUGGGUGCCUAGGAAAAUACCUAAUCCCGAUUAUUUCGAAGAUAAACAUCCAUAUAAAAGUAUUGCCCCCAUUGAUGCUGUUACCUUCGAACUAUGGACUCUCUCUGAUGGAAUAGUUUUUGAUAACAUUCUGAUCACCUCGGAUAUUGCGAUUGCUGAUUCCAUUGCAAUGGCAACAUAUCAAAUCAAGAAGGAAAUUAACGAUCUGGAAACAGACAAUUGGUUUAAAAGACUGAUUAAACAAACUAACAAGAAACCAUGGUUAUGGGCUGUGUAUAUUGUAGCACUGCAAUUCCUGUUAUAUUUUUCAUUGGUUUUUGUUGUGUUACUCCGGGUUCAUCAUCAGAAAGCUCUGCAUCUUCAACAAACUAUUCAUCAACCACUUUAUCAUCAAUCUUUGAACUGCCUAACCCGUCCACCAGUUCGACAUCUGCAACAUUGGUUGACAAUUUACAUCCUCAUCAUUUGUUAACAGAAACUUGUAAGAUUGACCAUACAGACCAGUAUGCCUUUCGUUACCACGAUGCCUGUAUCAAUGAUUCUGGUUGUUCAUCUGAGAAUCUAGAAUCUACUGGACUAAGAUCUCGGUUUACCUCUAACUCUAGACAUGAAAAUACAAAUAACACUGGAUAUUGUUCAUCUUAUAAUGUUCAACAUUCCCAUUCCAGUGCUUCUCAACAUCCCAUCAAUGUAUUAGCUUCAUCGUUGAAUUUCAAUUCUUGUUUGGAAGAAAUGAUUCCUGAUGAAGCAGAUGAAGAUCAAGAUGAUUUAAGAGAGGCAGAAAUGCGUCAAUUUGAAGAAAAUGAAUUUAAUUUAAUGGAUGGUGAAUUAAAUUAUGACGAAGACAUUGAUCAGCCUGAGUCUGAUGAUCUUAGUAACUUGAAGGAAGAUGAGAAAGUAGAUGUUGAUGAAACCUGUACCAAUGAUGAUCCUGUUGGGUCGGUUAAUUUAUACGAAUCAUCCAUUGAUAACUUAAUUAAUGUGACUGAUGAGGUGGACCAAGAGGAGAAUGAACCAGAAGAUAUGGAAGAGAAUCGCAAAUUGAUCGGUGAAGCUCAAGUAAAUGAUGUGAUGUUCACCAAUCUCGAUAAUGACAAUACUUAUGACAAUAACGAUAGUGUACCAGUUGAAAAUGAACUUACAGAUUCAGCUCAAGACUCAGUAGCAAAUAUUAUCAUAGAUGACUUUACUAAUGAUAAUAUUGAUGUAAAUAUAGAUGACGAGGGAGAGACAAAUGUGAAUGAAUCAAUUGAUAACUUUCAAUCUCAUAAUGCAAUAGAAAACACUUCCGUCAGAAGGAGAAGGAAAGGUAAAGGUCGUCGUAAAGACGCACCAGCUUCUCGUAAAAAUGGCGAUGAAGGAAUAAGCGAACCAAAAGGAUCAACUAGACAAGGAAACAAUAAAAGUAAAAACAGGCGAACAAAAGCUCGUAGAGAGUAACCAGCAUUUUUGGAAACAGCCAAAGUAUUCGAGCUGCUUGGUGAAAAUGGCAUAUGAUGACUGUUUAAUGAUUAUUUACCGACUCGAGUUCAUUUUAUUUACCGUCUCAAAGAAAUUAAUAUCAAUGUAUCGUCAAUUAAUACCUAAUAAACAAUUGACUGAA